AGGCGGAAAAACGACAACUACAACAAUGGCUCCACCGUUGCGAACGAUGAUGGCCCUCUGCGCGCCAGCGGCCCUGGUCGCGUUCGUUGUGCGGCCCAACCCCGGCUCCUCCGUGAUCCGAGCACCGGCAUCGGUGCCAGCAGCCGCCACUUCGAACACCCAGAAGCAGCGAGUCGGCCCGCUGUUCGCGAAGCCCCUCGCCUACGAAGUGACGCACAAGCCGGCGGCCAAUAGCUCCAUCAUCCUUAACCUCGACGUGCCGGGGGAGACGACACAGCUCUGCUACGACAAGGCUAUUCGAGCCCUGUCCAAGGAGGCCGGUAACUCCAUCCCCGGCUUCGGCAACAAGGGUAACAAGGGCAACACCAAGCACCCCCCCGAGGUGAUUGAGAGACACUUCGGCAUGGAGGAGGUCAAGGGCCAGUCGCUCAAGGUUAUCUCCGAGCUUGUUGUCAACGAGGCGAUCAACAGCUUGGACCUGCAGGCUAUCGGCAGCGCCGAGCUGGUCCAGGACAUCUCGGUAGUCACGCAGCUGUUCACGCCGGGGGUACCGAUGAUGCUGGAGGUUAAGAUGGACGUGUGGCCGGAGGUAAACAUCGUGAAGGAAUACACGGGGUUCGAGCUGGAAGUGGAGGAGCCGCCGAUCGACGAGCCACGCGUGGCGGCUGCGUGGAAGGGUCUCCAAGAGCGUAAUGUGGUGCUGGAGGACACGGAAGAAGGUUACGCCGCACAGCUCGGCGACUCGGUUAUCGCCAACAUGAUGCCCUUCCGAGAGAACGCGGACGGGUCGAAGGGGGAACAGCUGCCCAACAUCGCGUCCGGGGAUGGUGUUGACAUCGUCCUCGAGUCUGGCAGGUACAUGCCCGGUCUGGCGGAGGGCAUGGAAGGAGUGAAGGCGGGGGAGACUAGGGAGAUCAGGAUCACCUUUCCGGACAAGCUGGGACCCCAGGGGGGCGACCUCGAGGGGACUAAGGCCGUCUUUGAGGUGGAAGCCGUCGAGGUUAUGAAACGCAAUGUGCCGGAGGUGAACGAGGAGUUCGCGCAGAGCAUCCGCGAGGGCCUGACUCUAGAAGAACUGACGACGGAGGUGGAAAAGGCGGUCAUGGAGGAGACCGGGACAUCCAAGAGGGACACCCGAAACAAGGCCUACGAAGAAGCUCUCCUGGAGACGUGCUCGAUUACCAUCCCGGAGACGUUGAUCGUGGAGCAGGCCCGCGAGAAGUUCGCCAUUAUGAUGACCGAGUUUAAGGACCAGGGGGAGUCGGACGCAAAGAUCCAGAGCAUGAUCACGAAGGAGGCUGGGUAAGUAGUAAUAGUGAGGUUCGACGGAUCAAAAUCAAGAAUUCAAACUCGAUUUUCGUGUUGGAAGGUGCUGAGCAGAGGCCGGAAGGGGGUUUGGGUGUGACGACAACAACAGGGUCGGCGGGAUACUUGAGACGGUACAGCAACACGUGUGACUUGCCGGGUAGGGAUCGCUGCUUAACCUUGCUUGUCUUCCGGAAUAGUUUUCUGACUCUUGUGCUGUUGUUGCACGUCGACAUGCUUGCGUCCGCACCUGUCACGGGGGGUGGGCGGCACAUGGGGAAUAGUAGAUUAUUUUGUAGAUUUCGUAGGUCGGAAAUGAGCCUCCACCCCGCGAUUUUUUGUUUUAUUUGCGUGUUAUUCAUGCUCACCCCUCAUCUCAGAGGCGAUGCAUCCUGCUGUAUGUUAUCCUGCUGUCGCCUCCCCUCUUUUAUCCGUGUAAGACUAGUACGGACAGAAGAAGGUACUGAGAAGAGAGAACGGAAUGUUUUUUAAUGUGAAGACAACAACAUCAUGAACCAUGGUUGUUUUUUUAUGUUUGUCCCGAACUGCAGAACUUCGUCAAGUACGUGGAGGUGGUGAGGAAAAACGUCACCCGAGGCCUGACUCUGAGCCUCAUGUUCACCCACAUCGCCGAGAAGGAGGGCCUUUCGGUACGUUCCAUGUCCAGUCAUGGUUUUUGUGGUUAUUUCCGGUUUGGCGUGGUGUUCCGUGCCGAGAAGGAGCGCCUUCCGUGACGUCCCAUUUGCAGUCAUGGGUUUGUGGUCAAAUCCGGUUUGGUGUAGUGUCCCUUGCUGAGAAGGAGGGCCUUGUGGUUCGUCCCAUUCCCGGUUUUUGUAUUCUGUUUGCGGUUAUGUUCGGAUUGGCGUAGUGUUCGUUUUGUGAUUUCGUCCGCGCAGCCUUUUCAGCCUCUGUUAGCACUAUUAUACUAAUAUUCCAAAGAAAUAGUGAAACAUGUUACGCCAUUUUUUUUUGCCAAGUCCACAACGUGCUAUUUGGAAUUCCGCGUAUGGACG